AUGUUCCAACAACAGUUUACUAUUGGCCGUGGUGCUUUUGAGCAAUGUCAUACUUUGAGCUUGCCCAGUAUCAAGAGUAUGCAAGAGUUGAGGGCCGGCAUAGCAAAGAUCUUCUCAGUUUCGGAUUGUGACUCAAUCUGCUUUUACAGCCGAAGAGACAUCCUUACAUCUCUGAAUGAAAUUGAGCAAUGUGAAGCUCCCGUCCAAGUUCGAGUUAAUGGAGAGGUUGUAAGAGAGCCACCUGGGCCAGAUCCAUUACCCUAUGUCGGAAACCGUUAUGAACUGUAUCCGGACCCUCUUGGCAACUAUGACCGCCUGUUUGAUCGAUACGGCUCAGUCAUCAAGACCGUCAACAUGGGCACCACCAUCUAUCUGACUAAUGAUCCUGAUGUUUCCCGUGAAGUUCUUCGGGAAGGAAAGUACUUCACCAAGACUACGUCAGAUCCAAGCCAUCCACUGUACUACAUGCGUAACAACGAAGCGCUUUUCACCUGCGACAGCGAUGCACCAGCAUUCAAACUCGCGCAUAAGUACAUUCCUCCCAGCUUGACGCCAAAGGCAGUUCGUCACUAUACCCCAAUUAUACAGGCUUGUGUGGAUAGGUCAUUCAGCGUCUUCGAUGAAUUGGAUGAGAAGGACAUGGCUUUCAACGUGUAUCACUACACGUUCAAGAUGGCUGGCGAGAUUAUAUGGAAAGUCAUUCUUGGCAUGGAUCUGGGUCACUUUGAAUCCAUCGACUCCAGGCCUCAUGAGACAAUUCUACUUCUGGGGGAGUACCUCUCCCUGAUGAAGAAAACUUCCCUUCGUGGAAGCUGGUAUGGGUAUCUUCCUUUUGGUGUACCCAAACGUCUUCGCCUCGUAAGACAGCUCCUGUGGGAUGGUGUCGCUAAGGGUAUCGAUGAAUCAGUCCAGACCUCAGGGGAUCUACCGAUGAAGGAUGCUGCACUUCAUGCAACUUGCGUUGCAGAUUACUUACGCCGCGCCACGGAUGAGAAUGGUGAGAAGUUGCCUGAGAAUCUCAUGCUUAGCAACUGCGUCAUUAUGAUAGGUGCAGGAUUCGUCACCACUUCAUCACUGCUCGCAUGGUUGAUCUACUCUCUUGUGAAAUAUCCAGGCAACCAGCAGCGCUUGCUUCAAGAACUCAUCGACCACGGAGCAACGCCAGAUAAGAAGUGGUCAUACGAUGAGCUCAACGAAAUGCCAUUCCUUGAUAAAUUUGUCAAGGAGACGCAGAGAAUGCACAACCCCUCUUUUCAGACGGCCCGUAACGCGAGAGAAGAUGUAGUUCUUCCAGGUGGCUAUUUUCUUCCCAAAGGCUCGGUUAUCAUUCCCACCUUCCCAUCUAUACACAAGAAUGCAAACCAUUGGGACAAUCCCACUCGUUUUGACCCUGAUAGAUGGGAUACUGAAGCUGUCAAGGAUAAACACAAGAUGUCAUAUACUCCAUUUGCAGCGGGUACUCGAGGCUGCGUGGGAUACAAUCUUGCCUUGCUGGAGGUCAAAAGCGUGAUGGCGAAGUUGGUUUACCGGUAUCACUUUGAAAAUGCUUCUACCGACACGGUAGUGUAUGAUCCAGAGUUCAUCGUUGUCCGACCAUUAAACUUUUACGCGCGAGCGGUCAAGAGGACGAGAUGGCCUACGAAAUAG